AUGGACAAGGCCAAAGACACCCUCGAAGACGCAAAGGCACGUUUCGGCCACGCAGUCGUCGGCCUCCAGAAUCUGAGAUGGCAGAACAUCUCAGAACAAGCACGCAAGCGUCUCGAAGAGCAUCCGAAGCUCACAGCCUUCGUGCUCCUCUCCAUUCUCAUUGCUUUCUGCCCGUUCCUCGUCGUCAUCCCUUUCUUGACGUUGCUCGGCUUUGGCGGGUUAGGGCCUGUCGCUGGAUCGCUCGCUGCUGCUCACCAAUCCGCGAAUGGAGCUACGACGGGGUUCCGCGUGCUGCAGAGCGCUCGCAUGGCGGGCUAUGGUCCUGCUGUCGUCAAUUCUUUCAUUCAAGUUCCUGCUGUGGUUGGGGCUGCCAUGGCGGAGAUCCAGAAGUGGUCCGACGCGGCUGGAGAAGGGCAGGGGAAAGAGGGAGAGCCUUUGCAGGUAGAGCAGGGCGAUCUGAAGGAGGCGCUCGACAAUCAUGAGUCCAGCACUUGA